AUGGAUUGGAGUGAUCAUAUGAAGAUAUCAUUAUGUUUAGCUAAAGAAGCAUUAGAAGUAGGGGAAGUUCCUGUUGGCUGUAUUUUUGUUGAUAAUGACGGUAAUAUUUUAGCUUCUGGUCGUAACACAGUAAAUGAAACAAAAAAUGCAACUAGGCAUGCUGAAAUAAAUUGUGUCGAUACAAUUGUUAAGGCUAGCUUUUUAGAAAAACUAUCUAACAUAACUGUUAUUGUUACUGUGGAACCUUGCAUAAUGUGUGCUGCAUUGUUGAUAAGUAUUGGUUGUACUAACAUUGUUUAUGGUUGUGCUAAUGACCGUUUCGGAGGCUGUGGUACUGUACUUGCUGUUCCUGGUUUAGAAAAUUUUUUAUAA